GCGUACAGAACCAGCUAAUGGAUUCGAUUGUCAAACGGAUAAAUUUGGAUUUAACACAAGAAUUUGAGCACAAUAAUUAAGCUAUUAUAUUUUUGAUGCCCCGUAGCUUGCAGUUGCAACUUUUUGGGCGAGAUUUUACCGAUUCACCGAAACAAAAUAAUAUGGCUGCGAUUAGGAAAAAGUUGGUCAUCGUUGGAGAUGGUGCUUGUGGAAAGACAUGUCUGCUCAUAGUAUUUAGCAAAGACCAGUUCCCUGAAGUCUACGUCCCAACAGUAUUUGAGAACUAUGUAGCUGAUAUCGAAGUAGAUAGCAAACAGGUUGAAUUAGCAUUAUGGGAUACAGCAGGUCAGGAAGACUACGACAGACUCAGACCGCUCUCAUAUCCAGACACAGACGUUAUACUCAUGUGCUUUGCUAUCGACAACCCAGACAGUUUGGAGAACAUCCCGGAGAAAUGGACACCAGAGGUCAAGCAUUUCUGUCCCAACGUGCCCAUCAUCCUGGUGGGUAACAAGAAGGACCUCCGUAACGACGAUAACACCAAGAUGGAGCUGCAGCGGACGAAGCAGACCCCCGUCACGUACGACGAAGGCCACCAGAUGUCCGUCAAGAUCAAUGCCGCCAAGUACAUGGAGUGCUCGGCCAAGACCAACGACGGGGUCAGGGAGGUCUUUGAGACGGCCACAAGGGCAGCACUGCAGAGUAAGAAGCGCAAGAAGAAGCUCUCAUGCAAGAUCUUCUAAACUUCGAAGACAUCGGACAAUGAUCAAACUAUGUCAGUCAAACUAAGCUUUUAUUAUUAAAUAAAAGGCAUAUGUUUCAGUAAACUUUUGAGCUAUAAAGUGAGCUUGUACAUGAAGGAAUUUACAUUUCAAGAAGACCAUAGGAGGGAUGUGUACAUUGCAGGAAGAGCAUAUGGACCAGAUGCAUUUACCACAACGUAACUCUACAUUGAAGAUGCAACCCGCGGGCACCUCAGAUACCAAGGUCGCGCACAUGAGUUUGUGAACUCCGCUACACCUUGUGGCUUGUGUCUUGAGAUUCGUUUACCCCUGUACAUCUCCAGGCGGAUGUAACCAUUUUCUUUGUAGAGAUAAUUUGGCCAGCUGAGCUCUCCUGUAUUACCACGUCUAAUUACCCAGAGAAUUUUUUUAUAAAUAGAAUAGACAUUAGGCCUAGUAAAUGGAACAGCUUUUCUUUCUGGGAUGAGUGUUUCAUAUUGAGUAAUUGAGUUAGUACCUGGAAAUAAGUCUUGUUUAUCAUUUUAAGCAGUCAAGCUUAAUGCACAUCCAUGAUGUGAUAAAGUAAAGCACUAAAUAUGCAAUAUAGAUUUGUAAUUAUUUCUGUUGUGGAACACUGAAUAUUGUCUUUUGAGCGCCAGAAGGGUGUUAUUGCCUUUUUCAAACAUAUUCUUAUGAGAGGGAAUCAACACCUGUUCGGCUCUUAUGUCUCAGUCACACCUUUGCGUAUUUGGCCGGCGUAUUGCUGUGUAUUCAUGGCAAGCCGUUUUAACAUUUAUUCCUUUUUCUUGAUAUCAAGAAAUGAAUUCUUGAUAUUAAGGAAUGAUUAUCCGUUGUAACGCAAUGGUAAUUCUUGAUAUCGAGAAAUAGGAAUAAACGUCAAAACGGCUUGCCAUAAAUACACAGCAAUACAUGUAUGCAAGUCAAUACGCAAAGGUGUGACUGAGGCAUUAGUCAAAAUUAUGCUCUGUUGCUUACUCUCUUCUUUGUCUUGAUUUAAAAUGAUUAUCCCCUGUGGAGAGCCAGAGCCAGAAGGGAGUAAACUCCAUACCAGUAUAAAAAGGAUACAAGUUAGGACCCUUCUGGCUCAUUCAAGUAGGCGAUAUGUGUAUGCAUACCUGAAGACAACAACGCAUUGCAACAGCUCUAGUAUUUUUCUUAAGAAAUGGUAAUUCAUAAGAAAGUUACACAAAAGUUGUGUAGAAUGUAUGUACAUGUAUAUAGUAUAAAUGUAGGAAAGGCUCUGUUUGUUUUCCUCCCAGUUUCCAGUUUCCAGUUUCCACUUUCCAGUUUCCAAAGUUAAUUAGGAUUCUUAGUUUUAAUGGUGAUUCACUUCGUAAUACUUAUGGAAUUGAUUGUGGAUGCUUUCAUGUUUGAAACUAAGCAAUACAAACUGAACAAGAGCAUUAUGGAAAUAAGCUAAAAAAGCUACUGUGAAUGGCAUAUUCUUGUAAAUUAAGUGUGUGUGUGUGUGUGUGUAAGUGUGUGUGAGAUAGAGAGAAAGAGAGAGAGAGAGAGAGAGAGAGAGAGAUCGACAUCCUUUUCAAGUGUGCCUAUUUUGUAAUGAAGCGACCUUCAGAAAAUUGCCUUAUUAAAAUGUUUGUUCUUAAAACAUGAUAUACUUUUUUUUCACAAUGUGCCUUUUCAAACUGAAAUGCCAUCAUGAGAUUUUAUUGUGUGUAACUUUUGCAAUUGAUAAUUUGUUAAGAAAUUAUUCAGGGUUUUGGGAGGUGAAAUUUUUGUACAUUUUCUUUCAGCUGUGAUGGGUGUAUGUUCUUUACAUUGCCAAGAGGUGAAAAAGGGGGAUUUCUUUUGCCAACGCUUUCACUUGUGUUUUUGCUUGUUUUCUAUUUCCUUGUUGUGAAGUUUACAAAUACACAGUACAUGGUAACUAUGGAAACAUGAUCUGAGUGUAAUCUAUACAAUAUACAGUGUACAUUAUGUGUUGGAAGAUGACUGCAUCUUGGUGCCUUUUUGGUUUUCUUCCAUUUGUCUCAAACUGUUCAAGGCUCGUAUGAAAAAAAACUACAACUGCUUCAAAGAUUGUCAUAGUGAAUGUACAUACAUGUAUGGCAUUGAACAUUAUGAUGCAUUUAGCAAUUAAUAAAAAAAAUUAAUAAAAUGUAAAUCAGAGAUCUUGAAUGACAAACUUA